UGGUGAUCACAGCCAAACAUCAAUUCUCUGACGCGGAGGACUCUGACGGCAUGGAUGAAGAAGUUGAUGACAUCGAUGAAGAUGACGACGAGGACGAUGAAUAUGAGGGUGACUCAACGCCAAAGCUGCGUUCAAGAAGCACGAGUCCUCAGCCGUGUGGAGUUACCUCUUUGUCAGUCACAGCCACCGCCUCUGUCCACGGCUAUUCCCUCACCUCUCGGGGGACGGGCUUGGACCAUAGACCUGUCCUCACAACAGACCAGAGGGAAAAGUCAGUUGAUGAAGACUCUCUGACUAUGCUGUCUCCAGACCAGGCCAGCUUCCUGUUUGACCCCUACUCUUCUUGUCUGCUCUCUCCUGGUUGGGAGUCUCCCAUCAGGGAGCCCUCCCCUUCACGUCUGCGUUACCCGUCCCCGAGGCGAGAACUCUCCCCGCGAGGUCGCUCCUCUCCCAGAUGGGAUACCUCCCCGCUGAGACCUGGUUCGCCCGGCUUCACACCCAUUCAGCACCUCUCCCCAGUCUCAGUUGAACGACCCAUGUCUCCUGGUACAGAGCUGUCUGGAAAGCGAGAAUCGUCAGUCAGAGGCAGACAGAGAGUUGUGCUGAGGGCGGUUUCACCACGCAGAGGUUCGCAUCAACACAAAGGCAGCAGUGAUAAAACCAGACACCAGGCAAAGAUGGACAUGGCUCAACAACAAGGAGCCUUUGGAAUGGAAAUGGAUCAAAGGAGCAGCUUGGCUUCCACUCUGCCCGGUGCUGCCAGUUCUCAUCACCAGAACAUCCUCAGCCACCUCCCUCUUCACUCCCAGCAGCAGACCCACAGUUUGCUCCCCGUUGUUCCUGUCGGAGGCCUCCAGAUGUUAUACUCUCCGCCUUCCUCCAGCACUGAUGUCACCUUUUCCUCAGCGCCAAGCCCCCAGAGCAGUGAGGGCCAGCAUUGCAGCAGCAGGGAGGGAUCUGUCCACGGGCUCGAGACAGAAGGAGAGGACAUCAGAGGCCAGAACCAGCUGUCCUCCCAUCACACCGCUCAGGAGAAAAGCCUCGACCCCGGAGUCACGGAAAGUAGACAGGAGGAGUACGUCCAGACCUGCUUGAAAGCCAUCGCCUCAUUGAAGAUUACUACAGAGGACCCUCAUUGAAAACCGCAUUUUCUGUCUCCUUGAUUUGAUUCAGGAACGAUUGCCUCCUUGCCACACCUGCAACUUUGUUGUCCAUAGCCCUUUAGGCACAUAACCUCCUCUUUAUCCCAUUAGAGGCAAUAUAACAACACUUCCUCUGGUCUUGCACAUACUCUAGACAACUCCUUUUAAAAUCUGAGUGUAGAUCAAACCUUCAGAGUGAAGAAGAAACACACCCUGUCUAAUGUGCUCUUCUCUUCAGAGACCUGAGAGAUCUGAAAUGAUUGGAUGAGCCGCAGGAAAUCUUGCAAGGUGGAGAAUCAUUAUUGGGUGCAGGUGCAAUAUGGAAAGAUAUUAUGCUAAUAUGCCUUUGUUUGACAUAGUAGUUUGCGUACAAUUGCACAUAAAUUAUAUUUAUGGAUUCUGUACAAAUGUCCUUAACAUAUACUCCUUCUUAGAUGCAUACAAACAGUGUAUUUUACUGUAUGUGUACUUUGAAAAUAGACUGUUGUUUAAUGUAAUCAUAUCAAGGUGUGAUGCAGUAGUGCAGUAAAUAAAGACUAUUUAUAAGGGGAAAAGUGUGUGUAUUAUGAAACAGUCUGACCAAAUUUUAAGUAGACGCUUCUUGUGCAGUUUGGUGCUUCUGAUCAAGCGGCAAGGGUCUGUGCCUUUAUUUUGCUUUUCAUCAUUUUGUUUUCUGAAGGUUGUUAAUUAAGGAAAAAUGUCGAGGUACUCUUUAUUCAGAAGUGUCAGCGCUGUCAGAGAGUUCGUUCAAAGGAAAGCUUUUUCUUCUGUUUUUCCCGUCAGUUCCUCUGACAGACGGAUGCAGCUUGAUUUAUGUGAAACAAUCUUAAAAAAUGUUUCUUAUGUUGCAUUUUUCUUAAUGUUGUGGUUUGUAUCUUGGUAAAAAUGCAUGGGAUUUGCUAUUGCACAAAAAUAGAGGAAGUUAAUAUGUAAUUAUGAAUACUGUAAGAUGUAUUUAUAUAUUAGAACUUGAGCACUUAUUGAUACUGGUAAAUAUUUGACUACUAUUUAUAUGGUAUAUCUGUACUUAUGCAGCAGUGAUGCAGUUAUGCAGUGAGCCACGCUGGCAUUGCUUUUAAUCUCAUGUCUUUGCUAUGAUUAAACAGUAUUUUUUCUCUCUCUUAUACAGAUGACCAUAAGCAUUUUAUGAGUUUUGACGAUGCACUUUCAUCCUUAACUGACUUGGUCAGUGAAAAUGGGGGAGUAAAACAUGUUAUGUUCUGUUGUGGUUUUGAAACAUUCCAGUCGUAUUUUCACGUUGCUCAUUUUGUGAAACAUGUUGCACACAGAUUCAAGGGGCUAUGAUGAUCAGUCAAUAGUGUGUUUUAUUGCAUUUCAAGUAUAACUGGAUAAAUCAAUAUCACUUACUGUAAGUAAUACUAAAGUAAUGAUUAACAUCGUGAGUUGGUUGACUAUUACUGUGCUUCAGCUCAAAAUGUAAGUAAUCACUCACCAAAUGCAUUACUUCUUCUGUAUAUAUACGUGUAUUUUUAUGAUUUAAACUAUUUUUGCAGUGUUGAAUUCUGAAAACUUUUUAUGCGGAUUGUUUGCAUCUCUUUAAGAGGUAAAAUAUCUGCAGUUGACGUAACGGAAGUUUAAUGAGAGUGAAUAGCACAGUGUUGAUUGCUAACACCGUGUGUCUCAUCUUUAAAAAAGAAAAGUGUAUUCAUAUCUUGAAGUGGUUAUGUUACCAGUUUGAGAAUGGAUUUCAAAAUCAGAAAACACUUUGUUCACUCAUGUUUACAUAAAAGAAUUUUUAAAGGUGCACUGCUUUAAGUUUCCCUUUCUGAAGAUGUAUGUAGCUUUGAUUUCAUGGUUAUGUCAUUUUAUUUGUCGUGGUAACGGUGCAAAAUGCUCAUAACAUGUGAAGGGAAAGUGAAGCCUUCUAUUUGCUUUUGCAUAGAGUAUGUAUUCAGAUUGUGUUUGUGUUUUGUUUUUAUUGUGUAUUCAUAUUUACUGAACUGCAUUGUGCCUCUCAUGUCUAUGAAAUUCCCUGUAAAACACACAGAGGACAAAUCAUUUUACCUCUCAGCUAAGAUUUUUUGAGGAAAAAACCUCAGUAGCCAAUCCGUUGUUAAGCUAUUUGCAUCAAAACUGGUUAGUCAGGACGGAGUGCCUCUUUUAUGCUAUGGGGACUUUAUU